ACUGAGAGUCAGCCUUGCCCACCGUGUUCAACGAAUAUGAUAGUUUAAAACGGCCAUACGCGACUCUCCUCUUAUUUAUUCGAGUCCCCGUCUUUCCGUGUGCACAAACCAAGGAAAACGACAAUCCUCCGUCAAUCUACCUUGCGUCGUCUUCCUCCAUCGACACGUUCUCGAAGCUGCUUCCUUGGCCCACUCGAGUAAGUUGGAAGUAGAGAGGUGAGGAAGGCCGUGUAACGUUUUAUGGGAAAGAGACUAAAGAAGAAUAUUCCAAGAUGAAUAAGGUGGACUACAUGGAGGUCACAGUACCAAAUUAUUCAUACAUUUUCAACUUCGAGGAAACUUUUAAGCACAUGGACACGAGAAUCUGGAUGAUAAAUAACUGGACAAAUGGUUUCUACUAUUGUGCCAUUUACAUGAUUAUAGUGUUUGGUGGGCAGCGUUACAUGUCGUCUAGACCAAAGUUUGAGCUAAGAGGCUUGCUUGCACUGUGGAGCACACUGCUUGCAACAUUUUCCAUUAUUGGAUUUACUAGAACAGCGCCAGAAUUGCUCCAUGUGCUAAGGCAUUAUGGGUUUCACCAUAGUAUUUGUAUACCUAGCUUCAUAGAGAAUAACUGCGUGUCUGGUUUUUGGACAUGGAUGUUCGUGCUAUCGAAGCUUCCCGAGCUCGGCGACACGAUCUUCAUUGUGCUGAGAAAGCAGCCUCUCAUCUUUCUACAUUGGUAUCACCAUAUAACAGUGCUUCUUUACUCGUGGUUCUCGUACGCGGAAUACACAGCGUCUGCCAGGUGGUAUAUCGUAAUGAACUACUUCGUUCACUCCAUAAUGUAUUCGUAUUACGCUUUGAAAGCUAUGCGUUAUAGGCCGCCUAAGUGGAUCGCGAUGUUGAUCACGAUGCUGCAGAUAGCACAAAUGGUAACUGGCUGCUUUAUAAAUAUUAGAACGUACCAGUACUUGGAGACUGGUCAGACCGACUGCCACGUGUCGCGUAUGAAUGUGAGAAUCAGCCUGCUGAUAUAUUCCAGUUACUUUAUUCUUUUCGCUAAAUUCUUCCACGACUCCUAUCUGGUCAGCAAGAGUAGCAAGAAACCGACCAAAAAGAAUUACACCAACGGGACGUUGGAAUACGACAAACUCAAGGCCAACUAAAAGCGCACUGACUAAUUUUCCUCUAUUUUUUUUCUCUCUCUCUCUUUUUUGGAAACAUUUUCUAGAGACGGUUUUGCUCGUGAUAUUUCUCGAAAAUGCUUUCCGAGUCAUGAUUUUUUUUUUUUUUUUUCUAAAUAUACAGUUUGGGAACGGUUUUUAUGAAAAAACGGCGUCUUGAAAAUGUAUUCGCGAACUCGAAGUCACAAAAAGUUUUGCGUUAGGGGUGUGAGAGUGGGAACGCAUUGUUCAAAGAAUAUAGCACACUGAAUUUUACUGAUAAUAUCGAAUAUUGCACACUGAAUUUAGUAUAAUAAAUUUAAUGAUAACCUAUUUAACAUAUUUAAUGUUAAAUGUGUCGUCGACAGCGACGGAGAAGCUUUAUUAGUGGCAUUUCUGGAUGGGAAAUAUUUGUUCGUUCUAGAAACAAUUUCUAAAGAAGUUUCUCGACAACGUUUCGUUUUUUUUUUUUUUUUUUUGUUUCCUUUGGGUAAUAUUUCACGGAGUUUAGAGUUUAUUGUAUAAAUCUUUGGUAGAACGAGGAUAGUAAGGAGCGUAAUUAUUUAAAUAUAUAUGAUACGUUGGCGUGGAUGGGUUAUUUAACGACGGAAUUAUUUAAUAAUCAUGGUAUAUGUUGACCAUAGCGCAUUUAACAGUAAAUAUGAUAUAUUUUCUACUAAAUUUAUGAAUAUUUGACGUAUUUAUAAUGGUACGUAACACGGAGAUGAACAAAAAAAAACAUGGUCGAUUAUGAUAAGGAAUGUAUGGCAUUUUGUACAAGUGUAAUGUAAAUGAUGCUCCGAAAUAUGUAUCGUGAUCUAAUAGAAAUCUUUCUUUACACCGGUUUGCUUGAAACUCUUUUUUCUUCUAGUAUAAAGCGUACUAGAGGUUUUUUUUUUUUUUGUUUUUUUUUUUACACCGGUAAUGUUUAAACAUCGAUACGGUGGAGUCGCAUUAUAUAACCGGAGGAAGCUUAAAUUAUCAAGAAAUGGUGAAACAACGCGACUGAACGUAUUAGUAAAUAGUAGGAAAGAAAAAGACCAUUCCGAAGCCUCGUACUAGUGAAAAUAAAAUUACAAAGUUGCAUUCGUCGAGACCAAAAACAAAAAAAAUUACAAAAGAUCAGGGUCUACCGAAAUUUCAUUAAACCUAAAAAAAAAAAAACUAGUAAAGCGGUGGACUCAAGAUUAAAAUUAUAAUCCUCUGAAAAGAAAAAAAAAAAGAAAUUUUUUUAUUUACUAUUUCCUAUCACGAUCAUUUUAUUAUACCACCAAUUUAAUUGCGAAUAUAUUCUUUUCCCUAUGAAUUUUUUGUAUUGAAAUUUGUAUCGUGAAAUAAUUUGUUUGCCUUUUCGCGGUAAAACGCGUCAGAAAGAAUUGAACGAGGCUUUGACGAAUGGGAGAGAGUGGUUUUCUAGAGAAGAUCGUGAAUUGCAAAGACUUUGAGAGCCUAGAAGUUUUCAGUGAAAACAUAAAAUUUAACGGAAGAAAAUAUUCGAGGAGCGUGUAGUUUCUCGUUUUCUUUUAGUCGAACGAAUUAGUAAUUUUUGCGGAGCUGGGCGUAAAACUGACCUAUUCUAGUCGUACGGUCAGGGUGGGAGCAUUUAUUAGCUAAAAAGACGGGAGUGUUAUUCGAACGUGCUUAAAUGUUUAAAACGUUUGUCCACGCCGCUGAUCGAUGCACACUUUCGUACCGUAAAUUAUCUACCUUCCUCUUUUUCUUUUCUUUUUUUUUUUUUUAUGAUAUUAUAAACAUGACUUUCGAUUGGACGUAGAGUUUCAUUUAAUAAAAAUUUCCGGAUUCGCACAAAUAUAGAAUUUCGAUGCCAGUUUACUAAUGUAUAUAUCUAUACUCGUAAUCGUAACUUAAAAUAUUGUUUACGAAUAGUUCCUUUAUUUAAUUCAGACACGAUUGAUCCUACUCUUUCCCUCGACUUAGUUUUGUUUUAACAAACACCUUCGAAAAAUUUGAAUUCUAUUGGGAGGAUAGCAGGGUCAAUUGUUGUAAAUAAUUAUGCUGUUUUGAUAACGGGUAUCCUAUUUGUAUGAAACAGGAAAUAUUACCGAUCCGAAAAAACCUUUUCUUGUUCGUUCAAAGUUCGAUAAAAUUUAGUCCAACGGAAGACCAUAAUAUUUAAUUUAUCAGGAAACAACCGAUACGUUAGAUCCAAACAAUUCGAUUGCUUCGAUCUGUCUAUUUAUCUGAUUAGAUAAUAUUAAUUAUUAUAAUGAUGUCAUCCGAGUGUGCGUGUUUCAAUUAGUGCGGUGGUUCUUAACCUGGGACUUCACAGAACUUGCACAUAGCGAUUUUUUAAUACUUAGUAUUGUCGCGUACAUUGUGCCUAAAAAAACAUCUAGUUUAUUCAGUACUUUGAAACGACGAUAUUAGAGUAUAAUGGUUCUUUCGAUGUUCUUAACACUGGGUCUUGUACAAAGAUAUUACGAUCUAUCGAUCCUCCUUUUUAAGAAAUGAAUUUUGUAGAAGCUACGAGAGCUCUUAAAUAUAUUUUUUUUUUAUUUCGAUGAUAUUGGAUAAACGAUCUUUCACUGUUUGAUAUGAGUUGUAUCUAAGAUCGAGACCUAAUCAAAGAUAAAUUUGUCGAUCUUAGAGCCAAAGGUCAUGUUGGAUUUACUCUCUGAUAUAAAUCUCAGUUAAGAACUUUCAGAUCAAAAAUUGACUAUAAUUAGAUCUAAGAAACGAGUUACAUUGCACCUACGAUCCUUUCCUGUACAAUUUAAGUUUCACCAGAAGAUAAACUCAUUGAUUUUAGAUCCAAAAAUUAGCUGAAAAUCAAUGACGUUGGAUUCACGAUCCUUCCCUGUCCGAUAUCGAUCCAAACUAAAAUUGGGGCCCAGCCAAAGAUAGGACUCGUUGAUCUUAGAUCAAAAAAUUUACUAGAAUCGAAACUAAAAAAAUCUCAGAGGAUUUUGAUGUUCCUCUUAAGCUUAUCCGUGCAAGUUUAUGGUCGAAAAACGCUGUACGAAAGGGUCCACGAUCUCCUAUUAGACUGCCAUAAGGGGCUCCGUGGGAAGAAAGGUUGAGAAUCACCGAUUUAGUGGAUAAGAAUUGAACGUUCAAUUCCAAAUACUAUCCUCGAAGAGAAGUCUUUAGAAUAAAUGAAAGAAAAUAAAAAACAAACGAUUUUAUAGGCAAUCCUUUCUAGCAAUGAAUUUAUAAUUCUUAUUGUAAAUUGAUUGUAAAGCGCGGGGAAGUACGAAGAUACGUAAUAAAACGAGACAAAUAAAAGAAAAUGUGUAAUUAUAGUCAGUAAAAAGUAUUUGCAAUAAACUAAGAUCCUUUCUUUUACGUUUUAUUCUGUUAUUACCUUUUAGUGUUCAAAUUAAUAUCACUAAAAUGGUACUAGAUAGAAUAAACAAUAUGCAUUUUAUAUUUACUGUAAAAAUUGUCAAUAAAUCACAGUAAUCCCAUUAUGAUACCAUACUAAAAAAAUGAUACAUAUACAGGUUUUCAUUCCAUGGAGCAAAAUAUUUUAAAUUAUCACUCCAAACACCAUUCUUUUUACGAAAUAAAAUAACAUAAAAAUUUUAGGUUCCAAGAGAUAAAUUCGAAAAAUUACAAUAAUUCAAUUUAGCACUGGACGUAUUAUAAUGUUAAUAUUAAAAAAUAUUUUCAAACAUUCCAUUUGAUCUAGCUUUGCUUAAUUUCAUGUAAAAGAAACUGUUAAUUUCAAGUGUUUCAUUUUCUGCAUUUCACACUGAAAGCGAGAAUGCAAUGGAAAUUAUAUUCCAUUUGCAAGCUUUAACAAUUUUUUUUUUUUUCCCAUUCAACGUCCUUCUGUUGGAAACAAUUAUUGCAAAUACUUAAUUUUCUUUAACAUAUCAGUCUCGUUGUCAAGGACUUUCCUUAGUCACGAUUUAAUAAUUAGUUGCAUUUUCUGUUGCUACUAAUUUAUUACAAAUGAUUAGUUAAUCCAGUGUUACUAUUCCCAACGAGGAAACGAAAUAAAUUUGCAAGUGAAAUUGGCAUUUGUACAGUUAGAAUAAUAAUUAAGAGCUAAUUAUUAUGUUAUGCCAGUAGAAUUGUAACUGAGUCAUUCCAUCGCAAAUCGAUCACCUUUUUUUUCUUUGAUGUCUGGAAUUGUAUUUAAAAUUUAACAUGACAUAAUCCAUACGACAUUAGAGAUAAUCUAAGUCUAUUGACCGUAAUAAUUUUCAUCGACGAAAAAAUUUAUUUAGAAAGGCCAAUUUUCAUUUGAUAAAUUAAAAUAAAAUAAAAUAAAUAACCCAUUUUCAUCAACGUUGUAAACUUCAGAGGCCUGUAUUUAUUAAACAAAUUUGAAAUUAAUAGAAUAAUGACUUAAAUUAUCUUUAAUGUCGUAUGGACUAUAUCAUAUUUAAUUUUGAAGAAAAUCCCAGACAUCAAAGAAAAAAAGUGAAUCGAUUCGACGUGAAAUGGACCCACCAAUUUGAGGGUGAAAUUUUUGUGGGAUAC